CCCCAAACCGCGAGGAUGGCGGUCACGGCGCCCCGAACCCUCCUGCUGCUGCUCUGCGGGGCCCUGGCCCUGACCGAGACCCGGGCGGGCCCCCACUCCAUGAGGUAUUUCUUCACCGCCGUGUCCCGGCCCGGCCGCGGGGAGCCCCGGUACAUCGAAGUCGGGUACGUGGACGACACGCAGUUCGUGCGGUUCGACAGCGACGCCGCGAGUCCGAGGAUGGAGCCGCGGGCGCCGUGGGUGGCGCAGGAGGGGCCGGAGUAUUGGGACGAGCAGACACGGAUCGCCAAGGGCAAGGCACAGACUGUCCGAGUGAACCUGCGGACCCUGCGCGGCUACUACAACCAGAGCCAGGCCGGGUCUCACACCAUCCAGUGGAUGUCUGGCUGCGACGUGGGGCCGGACGGUCGCCUCCUCCGCGGGUACUUGCAGUUCGCCUACGACGGCGCCGACUACCUGUCCCUGAACGAGGACCUGCGCUCCUGGACCGCGGCGGACACGGCGGCUCGGAUCUCCAAGCGCAAGUGGGAGGCGGCCGGUGAGGCGGAGCACCAGAGGGCCUACCUGGAGGAGGAGUGCGUGGACUGGCUCCGCAGAUACCUGGAGCACGGGAAGGACGCGCUGCUGCGCGCGGACCCCCCAAAGACACACGUGACCCACCACCCCGUCUCUGACCGGGAGGCCACCCUGAGGUGCUGGGCCCUGGGCUUCUACCCUGCGGAGAUCACACUGACCUGGCAGCGGGACGGGGAGGACCAGACCCAGGACACGGAGCUCGUGGAGACCCGGCCUGCAGGGGACGGAACCUUCCAGAAGUGGGCAGCUGUGGUGGUGCCGCCUGGAGAGGAGCAGAGAUACACGUGCCUUGUGCAGCACGAGGGGCUGCCGGAGCCCCUCACCCUGAGAUGGGAGCCGCCUUCCCAGCCCAGCGUCCCCAUGGUGGGCCUCGUUGCUGGCCUGGUUGUCCUUGGAGCUGUGCUCGCUGGAGCUGUGGUCGCCGCUGUGAUGUGGAGGAAGAAUAGCUAAGGUGGGGAAGGGGCGA